UGCCCUCUCUAUAUGUGGCGCAGAAGCAGCACAAGGAAUCUGCUCCAAAUGUUUUCCAUAUUAGUUCAGACCGUCUGAUCCCAAAUAGCAGCGGAGCCUGACUCCAGCUGCAGAGAUCCUCCGGGGGGCCGGGCCAUCAAGAGGGACAGCGAGAAACGGAGGGAAGAGGGAAGCCGGGGUAGAGCCUGCGGCACCAGGAUGGGAACGGAGGGGUCCGCCAGCGACGUGAGCGACGGCGCGGAGGAAGGCCGCACAUGCUUGGGCUGUCGUUUCCCCCUGAUCAUCGCCACCCUGCAGCUGGUUUUCAGUGUCACCAUUAUGACGGUGGCUUUCGUCAUGAUGUCCAUCAGCCCCUCUCUGAUGGCCAGGGAGACGCCCUACUGGGCCGGGAUCAUCGUCUUCCUGGUGUCCAUAUUAGGGUUUUUGCUGUGUUGCAUCACAUACCUGCCGGAUGAGAGGACAUCCAAGCAGUUUAUUGUUAAGGUCUUAUACUUCCUGCUUUGCACGCUGGGCCUGAUUCUCUCCAUCCUGGUAAUUGCCUUCUCAAGCCAUCACUACACCCUGAUCAGUGGCUUCAGCUGCCAGGAAAAGGGUGAGGACUGUUCCUGCACCCAUGACCCCGAGGACCCCAUCGCCCGCACCUUCCUGUACGCCAACGUCAGCGACUGUUCAGCCAUCACCGGCACCCUCAAGAUGUACUUUCUGCUCCAGAUCAUGCUCAAUGUGGCACAGGCGUUGGUGUGUCUAGCGGGGGCCUUAAUCAUGUGGAUGCACAGGUACCAGGUGUUCUUCGCGGGCCUGCAGAUGGGCUCCCCAUAUCCCCGCCAGUGGAAGAAGGUUAACCAUCCUUAGUCUCCAAAGGGCGCCCCGUUGAGACACCUUGCAUCGUCAGGGUAGGAAACCCCCACACAAGCAUAUGUAAACCUGAAGUUUUGGUACAAGGGAUGGGAUGAUUUUCUACAUUUUUUACAGCUUUUUAUAACAUAUAUAGAGCUUUUGGCCUUAAAAACAUUUUCUUUUUUUCUGCCAAAGGGAUUGAAAAGGCAAACGUAUAAACCUGCAAAACUCUUGUAAUUCUCACUUGCAUUUCCAGACGUGUGGACGCGGUCCAUCAUUUUCAUCACAGGCGGUAUAUUUUCCAAGGCAAAUUGUCAAUUUGCUUCUGCAGAAACGCUAACCCUUAUUAUCCCUGGAUUUCUUAUUGUAAAUCAUUUUCUAAAGCUAAUUCUAAGUGUACUAAAGAAAUAUUUUCUCUCUAUGGUAACAUGCACGGUGGCUGCCGUGCUAUAUAUGUGGAGAGUUUGCAUGUUCUCCCCAUGUCACAAAGAUCUCCUGCUGCAGUUCAAAGACAUGAAUUUAUGCUACUUGCCCUUAGUGCCUGUCCAGCUUGCAGUGUACGGACAUCCAGUACAGGGCAUAUCCCUAGCUUGUGCCCUCUGCUGCCUGGAAAAGACCUCAGGCCCCUUACCCCUCUUAAGAGAUACAAAUGGAAGAUGGAUGGACAUAACUAGCUUUUAAUUUACUUUGGUUUGGAAAGAGUCACAACAAAGACAAACAUGUUUGUCAGAGUCAAUAGUGUCUUACUGGAGAUAGGAAUGAGAUUAAAUAGUCAAGCGAAUAUAAUGAUUAGUUACGGAAGGUAACUUGACCACAUUCCGCAAAGAAAUAUUUGAACUCCGUAAACCAGAAAAGCUGCCAGUUGUCCCGUGCCGGAAAGUUACAAGCGUAAAUUACUGCAGGAAUGCGACAAGCUGGCCAAGUAACUGUGAGUGUGCCCCUGCAGCUUCCCAUGCCAGGAACUGCAUUAUUGACCAAACCGUGAGCGGAAUAAAUCCGAAAGUCUUGCAAAUCAGUCCAGACAGCUUGGAAGCGAAGGCUGUACAUUCUGAGAAAGUAAUGCCACCAAACGGAGACACUCGCGCUUAAGUUGUGCCGUUUAAUUAAGCUGACGUAAUAGCCCAGUCUGGGAACAACAUACCCCCAUAUAGAGCGUAAAUGGAUCUUACGUUUAAUUGCCACUACAGCAGUCAAGUUAUUGUGGAAGUUACUCUAUACUUUAUAAAUCUAAAAGGAAAUAUGUGCUUCAUCGAAAUCACAGGCGUUCUAAACAAAUGUUUUGAAAUUAGUUUUUUGUUCUUUUACUUCGUAUGCCAUCUCUCUUAUUUUACUGUUCCUCUCUACUGCCUGGAUUCCAUCACAUCACAGUUCACGGCACGGAUUCUAGUGUGAAAGAAAGGAAUUUAAAUGCGUGAGGUGAAGGCACUCCUAAUCCAUUCCCACCCCCCUGUCAUGUGCCUUCCUUUGGCGGAGGGGUGGUUUGGCGGGCAGGGCGCCUGGCAUGGGGCCCAGUCGCUCCACACGGCCCACUGGCUACGCCCGGAGCAGUCCCGUGAAAUCCAUCCCCAGGAGGGGAGGGGGGGAGAAACGAAAAAAAAAAAAAAAAACAGGAAGUGAGCUGCUUCUCCCACGUCCAGUAAGACUCUAGCCACAGAGGGUUUGGAUUCUGCGAGAAGGCGUGGGGGUUGGGGGGGGGGGGGGGGGGGGGUGACUAAGGGUGCUCAGACAAGCAACAAGACUUCCCUUCAGUGUAAGAUGACAAAGCACAUUUGCCUUACAUGCUAGACAGCAGAACAUCCCACAUAUUCUAUUCUAAAAUUUGAAAUAUAAGGUCCGCUACAUGCAUAAGACUGGCUGUGACUAUUAUAUACUCAAAAGUUACUGUAAUAGCAGCAGGAGACAUUUAGUAUGUCGUAAUAAAUCCUAACAGAGCAAAGUGGUUACAAUGGUGUAAAUGCUCAACCGCUGAAACAGUGAGUAAUCAAAUGACUCCGUUCCCCAAAGUCUUGCGAAUGCUAAUACUGUGUCCCUUUCACAUUCACCUUAUAUGCCUUAUAACUGCCGCUCAGAUGGAGCGCUCUUUUUAAAGCUGAUCUCUCUGCUUAUAUGUGUAUUUUUUUAUUGUUUACUCAGUGAUCUCAGUUGUUUUAUGUACUUUUAAUAAAAUAUUUUUCUUGCCA